AGUUGAUUGAUCUUUAUGUUUCGUUGCGCGCUUGGGAUGUUACGUACAUUGUUUUGGUUAGUGGGUUUUAAACUUUUACAUCAAUGGAAGAGUUUUUAACGCCAACUUUGUGCAACCCCAGGCUCAUAUAUGUCAUAUAUAGCAGCUCCAGUGAUCUUGCAAGUGUCAGGAUCUUUUCAAGCCCCAUCUAUUUACAUGAAUCUGGAUAUGUCUUGAGGCCUGAUUCCUCGUCAAUGCUUAGGGGUCCUAUUACUGGUGCUGCUGUGUCUUCCUGGACAAACAACAGUAUGCAGACCAUUAAUAUAUUGCAUAGGACAAAAGUGCCUAUAGUGGCAAAUAACUGUUGCUUUCCGUAUGAUAUAAAUCUUUGUUGCAGUGGCACCUUGUCUCCUUCAUGA